AUGGACCGCAUAGUUUCAGAUUUAGGGAUGCAUGAUGCAUAUGUUGCGUGUAACCAUAUUUGCUGGGGAAGUAGGUCGUCUGCUAUUAGUUAUUCAAUUAGAUAUUCACGCCGCCGCAUUGGUAUUGUAGGUGAACGCGUUGGUCCCCAGGAUUACGAUGGCGAUAUGCAGCGUGCGAAAUCUCUCGGAAUCGAUGCCUUUGCUUUGAACAUUGGAGUUGACCCAUACACCGACACACAACUUGGCUUUGCAUAUCAAUCUGCCGCAAAUAAUGGGAUGAAGGUUUUUAUAUCAUUCGACUUUAACUGGUGGAACCCAUCUAGUCAAGCAACGCAGAUUGGACAAAUGAUUGCAAAAUAUGCAGCUUUACCUGCUCAACUAUUUGUUGAUGGCAAAGCAUUUGCAUCAUCAUUCGCUGGUGACCAACUUGAUAUCACGGCUCUAAGAGCUGGUGCGGGCAUUCCAAUUUUCUUUGCGCCUAACUUUCACCCGGAGAUGGGAACAAACUUCAGCACAAUUGAUGGUGCUUUGAAUUGGCUGGGAUGGCCCAACGAUGGAAACAACAAAGCACCUACUCCAGGCCACAAUGUCACUGUCGAAGAAGGUGAUACCGCCUACAUUAAGGCACUGGCCGGCAAGCCAUAUAUCGCACCUGUUUCUCCUUGGUUCAGCACUCAUUUCGGGCCUGAAGUUCCAUACAGCAAAAACUGGAUCUUUCCAUCUGAUCUUUUAUGGUUUGAGCGUUGGAAUGAAAUAUUGACCCUUGGACCCCAAUAUAUUGAGAUUGUUACCUGGAAUGACUAUGGCGAAUCUCACUAUAUUGGUCCCCUGGAUUCUUUACAUUUCGAUGAUGGAAAUUCAAAAUGGGUCAACGAUAUGCCUCACGAUGGUUGGUUAGACAUGGCGAAACCAUUCAUCGCUGCUUAUCAUGCUGGCGCUUCAUCUCCGAACAGCUACAUUGAUUCAGAUCAGCUCAUAUAUUGGUAUCGACCAAAUCUCCGCACUCUUGACUGCGAUGCUACAGAUACUACAAUGGUACCAGCUAGUAAUAGCAGUGGUAAUUACUUUCAAGGUCGACCAAAUGGAUGGGAAGAUAUGCAGGACUCGGUAUUUGUUGUCGCUAUGCUCACAGCUCCUGGAAUAGUCACAGUAAUGUCCGGCGACAACGUUCAACAAUUCAAUGCACCAGCCGGAGCUUCAGCAUACCAAGUUGAUAUGCGAGUUGGCAAACAGCAAUUCUUCCUUCAACGUGGCACUCAAAUUUUACUUGAAGCUGUUAGUCUCCAUGACGUCACAGAUGUGUGCAUCUGCGGCAUUUACAACUUUAACGCAUAUGUUGGGACAGUACCAGAUGGACGUUCUGAUCCACUUCUUCACGAUGGUUUAGCUUCCCUUACCGCUGGACUCCAUGUUAGCACUUGUAGCGCAACUCCAUCAUUGCCAACUGCUCCCAUCAAACCCACUACCACCCCACCAGGAGGAGGAACCGUGGUUCCGUCAACUACUACCAAACCUCCAACUACCACCCCGCCAGUAACCACUCCACCUACGACUACGAAGCCGACCACAACUACUACAACCAAGACAACUUCUACGACAUCAUCUGUGCCAUCCGGUACAUGUGUAGCAGGAACUGGACCUGGAAACUAUGUCGGCCUAUGUUCAUUCUCUUGUAAUUUAGGUUACUGUCCCGCCCCAUGCACAUGCUCUAGCUAUGCGGCUACCGGAAACGUCGCUCCUCCGGUAACAAACACGCCUGGCUAUCCCCUCGCAGGCGAGGAUCCCGCUACUUACUCAGGUCUUUGCGAUUUCACAUGUAACCACGGCUAUUGUCCUCCAACCGCCUGCACAUAUAAUCCUAACGGCUCUCCUAUUUCAUCUUCAUCUUCAUCUUCAUCCUCACUUCCAUCUUCAUCCCCAACUUCCACACCUCCUUCCACAACAACAAGUAAACCCACCAUCAUUUCCACAACCACAAUCAGCACAACCACAAGCUCACCUUUUCCAUCCGGAACCACAUACUGCGUCGCAGGCACCGGACCAGGAAAUUACAUCGGCCUCUGCAAUUUCUCCUGCAAAUACAAUUAUUGUCCUCCUGGUCCCUGUACAUGUACCACUUAUGCAAAUACAUCUAUUCCCGCACCGCCAGCUAGUAGUCCUUCUGGAAAACCAUUACAAGGUGAGGAUGAUAGCUAUUUGGGACUUUGUGCUUUUGCUUGUAGUCAUGGGUAUUGUCCUGGGACUGCUUGUGCUAUGGGUUAG